AUGCUCAAACGCAGUCUCGUCGGCAGGUUACCGCGUAUCCAGCCACGUCCGUCGAGCCGCCGAGCUCCGCUGCUCCAGGCACGGAACCCCUUCCGACGCACCACCGACGAGCCGCAAAGACGUCGCCGUGCCGCUGCGCUGUCCAGCCUCAGCCCCAGCACGGUUUGCGGACGCAAUGGUGACGCGACAAGCUUCCCGGCAGUCGGGGAUACCAUCUACGCGCUCUCGACUGCCCAUGGCCGAGGAGGCAUCGCCGUGAUACGCAUCUCUGGCCCAUCAUGCCUACAGAUAUACAAAGCCCUGUGCCCGGGCAAAGCUCCGCCGAAGCCUAGGCGUGCCACGAUCCGCACCCUGCAUGACCCAGCGGGGCCCGGAAGAGGCAACGAGGAGCCCACCGUCCUGGACUCGGAGGCGCUGCUUCUCUACUUUGCCGCGCCAAAGACCGUCACGGGCGAGGACGUUCUCGAGCUGCACGUCCACGGCGGGCCGGCCACUGUCAAGGCGGUGCUGUCCGCCCUUCCGAGGUGCGCCCCUGCCGCCGCACGCGUUCGCCACGCCGAGCCCGGGGAGUUCACCAAGCGGGCUUUUAUCCACGGCCGUCUGGACCUGGCGCAGGUUGAAUCCCUGGGCGACACGCUGGAUGCCGAGACGGAGCAGCAACGGCGGGCCGCCGUGCGGGGGAACUCGGGCGCCCUGGGACGGGCCUAUGACGGCUGGAGGGAGCAGCUGCUGCAGGCCCGCGGGGAGCUCGAGGCGCUCAUUGACUUCUCAGAGGACCAGCACUUUGACGAGCCGCAGUCGGAGCUGCUGGGAAGCGUGGCCGGGCAGGUGGCCGGGAUCCUGAGGGCGAUUGAGCUUGCCGAGCUGGGCGGGCAGAGGAGCGAGCUGCUGCGCAAGGGGAUCCGGAUCGCGCUGGUGGGCCCGCCCAACGCGGGCAAGAGCUCGCUGAUGAACCUGAUUGUCGGGCGCGAGGCGUCGAUUGUGUCGGGCGAGGCCGGCACGACGCGGGACAUUGUGGAGGCGAGCCUCGACAUUGGCGGCUACCUGUGCUCGUUUGCCGACACGGCCGGGUUCCGCGGGCAACGCCACGAGGACGGGCCGGGCGGCGGCGCGCGCAUCAGCGCGGUCGAGGAAGAAGGCAUCCGCCGGGCGCGCAGGAGAGCCCAGGAAUCCGACCUCGUCAUUGUCCUGGCGUCCGUGGAGCAGCGCGCGCCAGGGGGAGCAGCAGCAGCAGCAGCAGCAGCAGCAGCGGCAGGUUCCUUUAUCCGCUUCGACCCGGAGACGCUCUCGCUGGCCGCCGAGGCGCAGGCGGCCCUGGUGGUGGUCAACAAGCGCGACGCCGUGGCCGUGGCCGACGGCGACGACGAGGCCGCGCUGGCGACGCUGGUCCACCGGUUCCGGCGGCACGUCGACGAGAGGCACCCCGCGCUGAGGGGCGCGCCCCCGGUGUGCAUCUCGUGCACCGAGGACGCGGGCGGCGCGCAGGACGUGGUGAGGGCGCUGGUGGCGCGCUUCGCCGCCAUGACGGACAUGCCGGCCGACGCGCGGGACCUGCUGGGCGUGACGGAGCGCCAGGGGCAGCUGCUGGGCCGGUGCAGGCGACACCUGGAGGCGUUCAUGGCGGAGGCGCGGCGCGAGGACCGUGCGGACGCGGACGUGGUGCUGGCCGCCGAGUAUCUGCGCUACGCGGCGGACUGCCUGGCGCGCAUCACGGGGAGGGGCGAAGCGGGCGACGUGGAGGAGGUGCUGGGCGUGGUGUUUGCCAGGUUCUGCGUAGGCAAGUGA